GAGAGGCAACCAGUCAACGCUUGCGCUACUACAUACAGCAGGUUUAGUCGCGCGCGCACUUCGCUUAAUUUCUCUUCAAAUAAAACCUUUUGCGAUUAGUGAGGGCGGAAACUGUGCUUCAGUGUUUGUGCCCGACUUUAAUAGUGAGUGAUUGAGAUAUUGUCACCUGACAUACAUAACGUGUAACUGUGUUUGACUGGGACUCGCUAAAUAUUGUGUUUGUGCCAUAGUGCCGGAAUUUUUAACGGACUUGCUUAACCGGAGAGUCAAGGACCUUAGUAAUUCACCAUAUCCAGUUUCCCGUAACGUGAAUGUCUCGGUGGAAGGGUAAAGUGAGGUAGCCGGCAGAUGGCAGCAGUUAGUGCGGCGAUGUUUCGGCCCGGGGGCGCACUAGACCCCCCCAGUUACGGUCAGAGGAUAUACGAAGCACCAGAAGCUACGAGGUCAAAAAGAUGGUCUUCAAAAUUAAGGCUUAAUACAUCUGCAAGUUCUAAAUCUUCUGAAAUAUCCCCUGAGAGUCCAUAUAUGUAUGGCACUAUUAGUGGUCAAGGUGGUUCAGCAUUAUCGAAAUCCAUGAAGUAUGCGGAAACUUGGUUGUACGGGUCUGUGAGAACCCAAACACCACCUGUGAGGCCAAGCGUCUUUUCAGCGUAUCCUGACAUUCCUGGACCCGUAUUAAUAAGCACUCCACAAAAACCAACCCCACACAACUACGCUGUUAUAUUAUGUUCCUGUCCUGAAUAUCUAAAUGGUACUAAAAAAACCACUUCAACCAAAGUCAGUAUAUGUAAGAAAUGCAAAGGAUCUCGUUUACCUCUUACAAUAGCUGAGAGUCCCCGUUUAUUAGUAGGUGGUACUGUACGAGGCCCUCAAGUAAAUCGCGAUGCAGGCUUACUAAGAGCUGGCACUGUAAGAGUUCCUAGUUCUAAAUCACGUCCUAGCAUUUUAAAGCCAAAUGGCGACUCAGAUCCAUAUGAUUUAAUGCGUAGAAGUAGACUAGCUCCACCUCACGAAACGAGAAUAGGAAGUCAAUUUUCUACAACAAGAUCCCGAGCGAAAAGCAUAAGUCCUUGUAGAGUGAAAACGAAGCAAACAAGUCCGGAAUCAUUAAACAAAAAUCGCAGUAAGUCUGUCAGUAGAGUAAAUGAAUUAUGGAUAGAUGAGGAUGCAAUUACAACUGACAAAAAAAAAUCAAUUCUCUCUUGUGAUAUAAACCCUUACGAAUUAGUAAAAGCAGGAGGACAUUCUAAAUCUACGGUGGAUAUAGAGUUCGACGAUGACUUUGUUGAAGGUUUCCAGGAUUCAAGUAAGAGUAGUAGUCGGUCUUCAAGUAAGGGUAAAAAUGAUAGCAAUGUUAAGGCAAUAGGAGGACAAAGGAUAAGAGUGUCAAACGAUUCAAAAUCUGGUAGUGUAGACGAAGUAUCAGUAUAUGACCCUAUAAAAUACGAUCUCAAAAAUUAUGACUUUCAAUCAACUGAUAUGUCUACGGCACUAUCUUUACCAAACAUAAAAAAUGAAAAUAAAGUAGUUCCAUUGAAUAAGAAUAGAAAUAAAUCUAUAUCUCCCUCAAACCGUUUGAAACAAAAGAGUGUGUCACCAAAAAGACCACCGAGAAGAUUAAGGUAUAAUAAAACAGAGGAUGAUAGUGAAAGUGAUAAUCAGCGAUUACCCGAUAAGAAUUUUAGCACAAAAACAGCUCUAGAUACUACUCGAAGUUCCAAAUAUAAGAAUAAUAACAAGGAAACUAUAAAAUCUAUAUUAAAAAAGCCUAAACGGUAUGAUCCAGAUGAUUCCAAUGGAAAGUUUGAAAAUAAAGAGGAAUCAUUUGAAAGUAAACGUCUUAAUUCAUCACAAUUUUAUCUUCCAAAACCGAAAGAUAAUAAAAGUUUGGUCUUAACUCAGAAUAUCCAUCAAAGAAAACGAGUUCAAUUUUUGGUUGAAAAAGAAGAAACUAAAGUAAUAUACACAGCAGACCUAAACUUACAUGAAAAUAUUGUCACAGAGUCAAAUACAAUUAUUGAAACAGAAGAGGAAAUUGUUGCCAAGGGUGAUGUCGUUAGUCAAAGUUUAGAGGCAAAUGAAACUGUUACUACCGAGUGUAAUGAACAAAAUUUGAUAAAUGAAAUGUUAAAUGAUUCUGGGGUUUAUGGAGAAGUUGAAAUGAAUAGUGAGAGUGAAAAUAUAAUACAGCAAAAUGUUAAUACCCAAGGAGGAUAUAUCAAAAAAAGCGAAGAAAACAAUGUAAAAGAUAACCAUGUGCCGAAAAUUCCUGUUUUAAGGCGUUCAGAAUCAGAACGUCUAGUUCCGACUUUAUCAAUAUCUCCUCCAAAGUUUCUAGAUACGAUGGCUUUACGUAAAAAUAAAUAUGGUUAUAAAAGUCAAGUAUUUCUAGAAUUUGUAAAUGAAUUAGAAUCAACAGUUCAGUCUGAGAAACAUGAAUCAAAAGACUCUGAAGACAUGAGUGCUAACCGUGUACCUAUUGGAAAUGAAAAUGAAGUAGAUACAGGUAAUUUAAGUGAUAACAGUGAAAUAACAACUAAAGUUUUAGAGAACUUAAGACGUGAAAUUUCUUGCUCUCCUGAACCACCACCGCGUUUAAAAUUAAAAUCUAAGAAACACAAUUACGUUAAAACUAGAUUCGUUCGUAACAAUUCUACAAGUUCCACAAGUGAUGAAUGGUCUGAUUCCAAUGAUAGGGAACAAAAAACAAUACUGAAAAUUAAACAAUUUGAUUCUGAUGAUGGUGAUGAACAAAACAGUAAAGAUACUUGUAAAAAUAUAGAACUUGAGCCUAGAAAAACGUCUAUUCAGAUAAAUGGCAAUGAAUGUUAUUCAACUAUGAAUGUUAAUAACGAUACACCAAUAUAUCUGUCUUCUGUUGUUGUUAACGAUGAUUAUGGUAAUACAUGUAACACUUAUCAAACCGGUACUACAGUCACAAUUAGUGUUGGGACUCCACAAGAAGGUAUGAAGAAAUCUAAGAGUCAAAUAUAUAUAGGAGCUGUUUUUCCAGGACACAAUAAUAGUAUCGAGGAUACAAAUACUUAUGAAGAUUAUUAUAAUGAUAGUCAGGGAGAUCAAUUUAAUUUAGUGAGCAGUAAUGAAAUAUCCUCUAUUUUAAAUGAUCCGGUAGAAGCAGUCCGUCGGAAUCUUAUCCCCCAUGUUUGUGGGAAAAAAGAUGUUUUCACCCAGGAAGUAAAUAAUUUAAGUCAAAGAAGUAAAUCAGAAAUUAAGAAUUCAGAUAAAAGCGGUAAUUUUAUAACGAAGCUUUUUGAUGACCCAUUUUUUGCUCAUUUAGCAGAAGGACUUGAUUCCAACUUAGUUAAGAAAUUGAUAGAAAAUUCGUUAAUCAAACUUCAAGAGACUAAAUAUCAAGAAGGAUCAGAAAGCAAUAAACCAACUAUUGAGAAACUUAUCGAAAAUUCAUUAAUAUCGUUAAAAGAAGAAGUAAAAAAAGAAAAUAAAAGGAAUGAAAUUAUACAUAUACCAAAAAAUGAAGAUCUGGAACCAUCAUCAAAAUCAGAAAUUCAAACAUCCGAUACUUUAGAAGAUGAUAAAGCCUGUUCAGCUCCUUAUGAGAGCAUGGAAUAUGAAAGUGGGACAGUGGGAGUUUUUUCAGACCAGGAACCAAUGUCUGAUUGUUAUAACGCUUCCGCGAGUGAACUUUCUACAGAAGAUGAUACAAAUUCUACAAGAUCUAAGUUUUAUCAAAUGCUAGUGGAUGCUGCCAUUUGCGAUAUUGAAAUUUCAAAUAACACUGACGAUGACCAUCUUUAUGAAUCUAUACGGUUAAAUAGUAGUGACCCAAUUUAUGAAGAAAUAGGUGACAUGCCUCCUCCUUUGCCAACCAAUCCACCGCCAAAUUCUCUUUUAUUAUUAGAUGAUGAAAAACGAAGUGGGUCCCGUUCAAUUUUUGAAGGUGCGUCUAAGUACGAUAUUUUGUCUUAUUUAGUAGAUGCUAAAGAAAGGGGCAUAGAUGAUGAAGAGACCUAUAUAACUAAUUACAAUAAUGACAAUAAUGAAUCAAAGGAUAAAACCAAGAUAGUAAAAAAACACAUAAGUAGUAAUACCAGUCAAAUAUCAAAUGCAUCAGAUUCAAGUGAAGAUAAUUCGUUGGUUAUUAAUCAGGAAAAUAUUGAAAAAGUUGUGGUUUGUAAGAAAACAUCAGCAGAAAUAGAGAGAAAUGAUUCUGGCGUUGGUUCGGAAACAAGUAAAUCGUCUAGAAACCGGCUCCAGGGUAAAACAACAACAACUAACUCAUUAAGCGAUAAAGACACUCCUAUUCAUCUGUGUGAAGAUUGUGAUACUGCUGUAGAAACACAAGUGACAGAACAAGGAUCAGUUUUUGCUCCACUGGUUUGCCGUAAAUGUUCGAAGAAAAGAACAGAAAGAAAGGAAAUAAUAACGGAAAUUGUGGAAACUGAAGAAAAGUAUGGACGUGAUUUACAAAUAAUUCUUGAAGAAUUCUAUAAACCUAUGUUAGUUGCUGGUCUUCUAACGCAAGAACAAUUGAGCGCUAUAUUUUUAAAUGUUGAAGAGUUAAUUGAUAACAACCAAGUUCUUUCGGAAAAACUAAGGGACGCUCUUGAAAUUGCAGUGGAACAAGGAGAUGAGGACUUACUGACUGUUAACGUUGGUAAGAUUCUCUUGGAAUGUUCAGGAAUGUUGACAGCUUUUCAAUCAUAUUGUGUAAAACAAGCAGGCGCCGCAUUGCUUUUAGCCGGACUUGAGAAGGAGAAGGAACUUUUAAGGAUAUUCUUGCGCGUCUCGCAAAUGGAAAAUGCGGUUCUGAGGAGAAUGAACUUAAACUCGUUCCUCAUGGUACCUGUUCAACGCGUGACAAAAUAUCCGCUCCUUCUUUCGCGGCUUUACCGAGCCACACCAACUUGUGCGUCUGAGAGGGAAGACGUCAAGGGUGCUCAGCGUUGUGUUGAAUCCAGACUUGAGGAGAUCAACGCUGCCGCUGCAGCUGCGGCCGCCGCUGCCAGAGAUGUGCCGCUAUGGCGGAGACUCGCAGUGGCGCGGCGGACUGCUCAUGAUUUGCACGUCGCCGAUAUAAGACUCAGAAAAAUGGCCGUAGAUGUUUUGGAUUGGAAUCACGAUGAUGCUAGGUUCGCAAUGGAAGGCAAGCUGCUGUUUACACAACCGAACGACAACAACUGGCGAAAAGGCCGAACAAUCAAGUUGAUGCCGAUCAAUGCACUUUUGGUAACUAAUGGAAAGCCAACAAUCGCUCAUAAAACGAACGAAAUACGGGAAACAAGAGAAGCAAGAGAUCGAGAGGCGAGGGAAAGAGAAGGAGAUGCUCUUUUCGCACGCAGUGGAGUAAGGGAGGCUGCUUUACUUCUUGUAAGAGAAAAAGCAGGAAGAUACACCUUACAAAGAGAGCCACUCUUUUUAGACCGCUGCGUAGUCGCCGCCGAUCAUGAACCAGAACAUUUCUUUGAAGUCCACGAAAUAACAACUAAAGAUUCAUUCAUUUUCAAGGCCGAAGAAAAUACCCGCACUCGAACUUGGUAUCGACAGUUGCAAUAUCAUGCACAAGGAGCUGGCGCAUGGCGUAAACGGCGAAAUGCGCUGGCUAACAUUAUGAUUAACCCGAUGCUUACUAGAAACUAAGCCCACAAAUUAAGUAUCUUAUCCAUAUUAAAUUUUUACACAGAUUUAUUAUUAUUUCAUUCUCAUUUCGAUAUUAGUAUUUUCAUUUAUGUUUAUAUUAAUCGGAUCUGUUAACGUCAGUGCCACAGUCUAAUUUAAUUUUUUUAAUUUAGCAUCAGUAAAUUAAUGUAGAUUUUUUUUUAGUUUCAUUUUAUAUAAAUAAGGUCUGCCAAUAGUUUUAAUUUAGCUUAUACCAAAAUAAAUAUACAUACAUAUAAUCUGUCAGCUGCCUUUAAUUUACGUAGAUUAAGAUUAUAAAAAUAACAAAAACUAAAAAAAGGUUAUUAUUUGUAAAUGGUUAACUUUAACAGCUGUGAUAUCCUGACUUUUAAACAAAAUGCAUUGUAAUUUUUUCCUGUAAUUAUGUAAAGGUUUGUUAACACUUACAAAUUAAUAAAAAUAAAAGUAAUGCCCUGACUAGUCUUAAGAUUGUAAUAAUGAUUCGGUUAUUAGAACUAUAAUGUAACUAAAUUGUAUUUAUUGUAUGUAUUUUGAUGUAAUUAAUAUCUUAGUGCUGUAAAUUAGGUUACAAAUAUUUGAUAUGUUUAAAUUCUUAAUUUUUAAUUAUUAUAGAAGACAAAUAAAUUAAAUGAUAAAUUAA